AUGGCUCUCCAAGAGGCCUCUGAGGCAUACCUCGUCGGUCUCUUCGAAGACACCAACUUGUGCGCUAUCCACGCCAAGCGUGUCACCAUCAUGCCCAAGGACAUCCAGCUGGCUCGCCGUAUCCGCGGGGGCAGUGCAACCGCUGUCAAAGCAACAAUGUCCGGACGUGGAAAAGGAGGCAAGGGACUCGGCAAAGGAGGUGCCAGGCGCCAUCGCAAAGUUCUUCGCGACAAUAUCCAAGGCAUCACCAAGCCAGCCAUCCGUUGUCUUACUCGCCGAGGUGGUGUGAAGCUCAGGUCUGAUCUACGAGGAAACUUGUGGAGUUCUGAACGUAUCCCUUGA